AUGGGAAAAUUCCAAGAGAAAGUGAAUGGAUUGAAACUUCGACAAAAUUCGACGAGAAAUGCAAAAUUUUCACCAAAGUCCAACCAAGCGAUUGGAAAUAUACGCGAAAAAAUGGCAGUGUUUUCAUUGAGAAAUUGUGCACCUGCACUGAUUGAUCGAGUUGAUCAAACAGUUUGGAAAGACGAUGAUUUCUUUGCAAGCGUCAAUGCGUCAUAUGCAAUGCUAUCAGCUGAUAUUGUUGAUUUGUAUAUUNAGAUGAUUUCUUUGCAAGCGUCAAUGCGUCAUAUGCAAUGCUAUCAGCUGAUAUUGUUGAUUUGUAUAUUGGAUGGCAUACAGCUGUUUGCAGAUUUCAUGACUGGCUUCAUGACCAUAUGGCCACCGAAUGGCAGAUUUUCGGCGAAGAUUUCGGGUGCUCUCUUCGAGCCACCAUGGAUUUGCAUGAUAUGUUUGAUAUUUGUGCUAUCGAUUAAUCGGCUCAGCAUUGUGGCGAGGAAAAACAGACGAUAUGUUGUGCUUUUGUGUAAGGUGCUAACGAUUACAAGUCUAGCGAUUGGUCUCGUCGUAUUUCUGAUAUUCGCAAUUGAUCCCGAAGUGACAGCGCAAUACGAUUCACUAACGUAUUGCUGGCGCUAUAUGCACACUCCACGAGCCUAUAUUAUGGCGCUGAGCGAGUCAUGUGCA